CAGAUGGCAUUCUGAAGAUAGCGGACAAUGAUAACGAUCUAUUUACGUCAGACAAUGCCACGUGUAGAAUAUUACACAGUCCCCAUCAAAACAACAAACACAUUUGAACAAACAGUAACGCAGAAGACACAUUUUGUAUAAUAUAUUUACCUAUUAUAAUAGUAACAGUGGAAUAAACCAGACUCUAAGUUAAAUAACAAAAAGAUAAUUAUAAACACUAUCUAAAGUGCACUAAAUGGGCACACUGAAGGAGUCAAGGUGUUUCCAAAUACAUGCCGUCAAAGGAAUCAAAGAACUGGAUGCCUGCGAACGGCAUUUCGUCGGACUUCAUGGGCGUAAACGGAUGAAGAAUAGGAGAACACAGAAAUGAAGUAACGUUGAAAACAAACACGUGGUCGAAAAAGGUGAAACAGAAUUUCUCAAACGUGGUCUUAGAUUGGGCAGCGACAAACGCUCGGGUAAAAAAGCUGCUUCGUUGGUUGCUGGCAAUCAUGCUGUCUUCGAUCGGUCGACAUGCAGCCUGGAUACAAAUAUCGUCCCUCUUCUCGUAAAAUUCAGGCUCAUCUUCAUCGUCGUCUUCAUUGGGUGGCUCAUUAGCAGCUCGUCUAGCAGUGAUCUCCCCCACAAUCUCCUCACUUCCUUCGUCAGCCGUAACCACCGAGUUGCUUGCCCCUGCCGCAGCGCUCGAUCCAAGGCUAGAGUUCUCCGUCGCUUCGUUGUCAUCGGUCACUUCAGUUGGACUCCGUCGACAUUUCCCGUCCACCAUCUGCACCCACCUCCCGGAGUGACAACAGUCGAGAAUCAUCAUCAGUCGACGCUCUCGUCCCCUCUUCUCCUCGUCCCACACCUGCACGAUAUCGUCGUACGUUACGAGGUCGAAAUACUCUUCCGUGGGUGGCACUUUCCUAUUAGAAGAAGCGGCAGAUACACUAGAAGCGGCUAUAGAUGCCGUGGCCACAGGUUCAAUAUCGGGUGCGCGAGCGGCGGCGGGUUUUGGCACGGGCGAGGGAGUGCCGGAGCGUUCUCGCGUCAAAACCGGUGUGGGUUGGAAAGUUACGUCAACGCUUCCGUCUUCUUCCUCUGAACCCUUGAGUACGGUCACGGGGAUGCACCAGGAGCCGUCGACGUCCCCGUGCCCCGUGAAAUAGAGAAUAAACUCCGUCCGGUCGUCCUGAGCGAAGAAAUCGCGCACUAAAUUGAGGAUGUCGUCUUUACCGCCAGCGUACUCGCCGGUGGAGGUGUCGUGCUCCCGGUAAUCCACGGUUGAAAACCGAUGAAUCUCCUUCUGGUGUAUGUACCGCUCCAUGUUCCGAAGGUCUCCUUCCACAAAUGCCUCGGGCGGUACUACGCCGGCCUUCGUGUAAGCCUUCUUUCUGCCUCCCUUCCGGCGCAACCUACCGGCUGCUUUCAGGCCCUCCGGCACUCCGCGGACUGGGCGCUCCUUUUCGAACUUGUAGCUCCCGAUCAGGAGCGCUGUCGGCUCUUGCUGAGGGCCACGUUCAUCCAUACCGAGUCGUCAACGAGCUCUCCAGCUAGCUGUUGAGACCCGCGCAUGCGUAGUAAUUGCCCAGCACGUCGUCGGUCAAAAAUACCGCAAUUGUUCUGUUUGACGCGCAGAUAUGGCCGACGUUGGAGCCGAAGUCGGAGCUGCAGGCACGACGAGUGCACUACUAAUCGGCAGCGCGAUUUUCAAGCAGCGGGAAAGUUCUGAAGGAGGCGCAAGUAGUGGUGGCGUGAAGCGAGCGAAGAAGAAGCGAGGUAUCAAAGAGAUUCGCGGGAAGAAGGGGAAGAAGCGCGAAGAUCAUAUCAAGUGGGCACGAGGCGACCUAGAGAACAUGUACGAACUGAUGAUAAGAAAGAAUAUCGCGGUUUACGAUCCGAAAGGCGAUGAUUCGGAGGAAGACGACGACGCCACACACCAUGAAAACGGAAUCCAUAUCGGUGCACCGUGGUAUAACUACAAAGAGCAGCGUAAGGAUAACUCGUACGCCCUGGGCAAGAUCGAUAUUCUGCGAAAGAUCGAAGAGUUCUUCGAUCAGAAGGACAAGACACUGUUUGUCCUCUACUACACGGGCCAUGGCAACGAGGACGGCUCGUGGGUGUUUCCCGUCACUAGGACCACGAGUGCAUCUCCUGUUCGAGUACCUAACGAGGGCCAGGGAGAAAGCGGAGAAGGAGCUACCGCGACCGCGCAAGCGGCGACACCGCACGGCCCAGCUGUACCACCACCACCACAAGGUGCUAGUAAUUCCACGGUAGUUAUUGCUGAAGUCCACGAAGAAAGUGGGUCAACGCCCUGUGGAGAUGUGCAGCCGCAAAUAACUUCUCAAGGGCAAUCAUCGGCACACGGAUCAACAGAAAUAUCCCGUAGGACCCGUUCAAACACAGCCACAAAAAUGGCUGCUCUUGAGGCUGAGUCUAAGAGGGACCGGCCACCACCUCAUAGAAAGUUAAACGACUGCGUCACUUUUGAGGACAUAGUUGAUUUAUGGGAUGAAAAGAAAGCCGAGAGGGGGGAUCGUAACCAAUGCCGCCUCCUAAUGAUCCUUGAUUGCUGCUUUGCUGGGAAGUGGGUGCAAAAGGUUAAAGGAGAUAACGAGGUCUGGACAGAAAACGGAGGAGACGCAAUUGCCAAUAAGUUUAAAAGACGGAGGGAUAUCUGCAUCCAAGCGGCAUGCCAUCCAUCAGAAACAAGCACAGUAUCCGACAAUCAGCGUGGAAGCAUCUUUACCAAGGCGUUUGUGGCUGCUCAGAGCAAACGGCUUCCGGAAAAAUACAUCCUCACAUUACUCGAUCACUUCCUCGUGCUGAAUUUUGUGUGCAUAGCUUCGUCUCCACCGUUCAAAGACCAAUUCACCCCUAUGAGCUCGUCGCAUGCUCAAUUUGGAGAUUUUCACCUUUUUGACUCUUUUGAUGAUAUGCGUACAUAGUGGCAUAAAUAUUUACAUCGCCUCCUUUAAUGGUCUUGUAUUAUAGAGUAGUAUGUACAAAACUGUUCUUGUAAUAUUGUCACGUUUUUACAUUGCCA